AUGAAGAAAAGUAGAUCUUUACAAGAGCUUUCAGAAUCUACACAUAUUAAUGUUAUAGACGAUAAUCAAGUUAUAUCUGAAGAAGAAAAUUAUACUGAAAGUGAUGCAAUUAGUAAUGAUAAUUAUUACACUGAUAAUGCAACUCCUGAUAAUGAA